AUGUCGGAUCGCAAGCGCCAGCGGAUCAACGCCGACGCCCGUCGUCUCGAGCUCUGUGCGGACGACCUGCGCCAAAUUGGCUCGUCGCUCUCCUCCCGUCAGUUCCGCCAGCCUAUGGCGCACACGUCGAUACCUUUACAGGCGUCCAGGUCCCUCCCCAAGCCACGCAAUGCUUUAAAGUCCCAGAGCGCAUCUCCUCCCUCUCUGUCGCUCUAUUCUAUCGUCUCUAGCUCCGUCUACGCAGCGAAAACGAGCGCGUCCGACCAUGAAAACACGUGGCAGACGACGCUGCAUCGAUUGGGACUGGAAAUUCUGGAGAAAACGGGGUCGAAAGAGGCGCUGGAGCGCUGCGAGCGGCUCACGCGUCGGUUCGAAGCGCUGUCUGACUCGCUCCGACUCUGUCAGGAGAAGCUGCGACGUGUGGGUAACGACGUGGUGCUGCAGGAUCGAGUGGAGAAGCAGCUGGCGCAAGAGGAAGAGGCUUGGGAGCAGCAAAUGCAGGUCCGAGAGCAGCGCGUGGCAGAGCGCGAGGUGGAGCUGCAGGCGCUCAAGGAGGAAAAUGCUGCCGCUGCUGCUGCUGCUAUUGGGCGUGAUGAGGAGGAGGAGGAGGUCGAAGAGGGGGAGAGGGACGAUGGUGAUGGGGACGAGGACGAGCAGGGGCAGAUGGCCGAGAUUGCAGAGCUGCGAGAAGUGCUGGCGCUGCGUUUGGAAGAGAAGCGGGACAUUGAGGCUGCUGUCUCUUCGUUGCAGAGGAAAAAGGCGAGGCAGGGUGCUGUGGCAGCCGAGCAGAAGAACAGGGAACGCGAACAAAGUAUCGACGUGCAGGCAGAGGUGGUGGCGGCGGCGGCGGCGAGGGAGCAGGUGCUUCGGGAGUUGAUAGAGGAAAAAGAGACGCUGCAGCGAGCGAUUAUUGCAGCUGAUGAGAUGGAGGAAAGGACGGAUGAGAAUGUUCGGGACCUGCCUGCAUUGAAAGAAGAGCUGGCAGAGGUGAAGCGAAAGAAAACAGAGAUACAGACCUGCGUGGACUCGUUGAGACUGGAGCUGGCUCGACAGAAGAGAAAGAUGCGAUACAUGGUUGAUGUACAGCUGUUGACAGCGCGAGACACGAACCCACCCACGCUUCGGGAAGAAGUGGUGUUGCUGCAUUUGUUGUAUGAGCACGAAGGAGAGAUGGGCGUAAACGAGCUGAAGCAGGAAGCCAGCAAGUUGCUUGAAGAUCAUGGCAGGCCACAUGGGAACGGGGUUGUCAUCCGUGCACUAUACUCGCUAGUGGCGAAUGGCUUGGUGCAAAUUGAUCGGUCGCAUGGCAACGGUCUCGUCACGCUAUUGCUGGUCUAA